AUGUUACAGUUUCCGGCUUCCAUGACCCAAUAUCCAUGGUCUACGACGAUGAUUCCGACGUCGUUUUUGCUCCCAUCUCAGUGGCCCCAACCUCACAGCGAAGAGCUUCUCCUUGCCAUGGAAGAGUCCGAGUUCGAAGAAAAGUGUAAUGAAAUAGGAAAGACCAAUAGUAACCUGAUUGUGAUUGGGAAAACCUCUGCGUAUAACGAUAAAGAGGAUUACGACGAAGAAGCAGAUGAUGAGGAUGCUGACAAUGCAGAGGAGUCGGAUGGUGAAGAAUUCGAGCAAGAAACAGGGUAAGGGUGCCAUGUAUUUAAUAGAUGUU